AUGGGGGUGCCGGUGCUGGACAACGCCAAGGAAGAAGUGGAGGAGGGAGAGUUCUUCGAGGAGAGCCUCAGCCGCGUUGUCGACCCAUCCUCGCAUGGCCCUCGCACCUUCGGUCGAUGGGAAAAAAGGCAGCCAACAAUAGAAGAGGUCAGAGCAGGGAUGAGAAAGGUCGAGCAAGCGUUGGAUGCGUGCGCGUGUGAGAGAGAAGUGCAGGUCGGGAUUUGCAUCAUCCCUCCUCACUCCAGUUGGGAGCAGAUCCAGACCAUCAGGUCGAAGCACGACAGGCAUCACCUGCGGUGGAUGCCGCAUCUCAACCUGCUGUAUCCUCUCCUGCUCACUCAGGAGGAGCUCGACGCCUUGCCGCAGCGUCUUCAGUCAGUCACACGGCAGGGCGGGGGAAGCUUCUGCGUGAGCCUCAGCACCAUCGGCGUCUUCCGUCAUCCUCUCAGUGUCAUGCUGUGGGUGGGGCCGAGCAAGGAGGCCAAGGAGAAGCUUGUGGCGUUGCAGUCUUGUCUCAAGAGCACGUUGGACGGGUUCAUCCCGCGCGAGAGAAAGGAGGCGAUGCUAUUAAAAUUCAAGAAUGCGAGCGGCAGCUCGAGGAUGACGGACCUCAAACCUUCACUUACUAUGGAAGAGUCUGAAGACGACGAUGACGUUUAUGACGACGUUGAUUUCACCCCCCACGUGUGUUUGGGCCAGUGGAAGUCCUUGGAAGAGGCGGAGGAGGAAAGGACGAAGAUCGCCGAGCAUUGGCAACCGAUCGAGUGGAAUCUCUCUGCGAUCUUUGUCAUCGACACGGAUGAGAACGGCACGCACAGCGUUCACUCCACGCUUCCUCUCUCGCCGCAUGGCUCGCAGACCUCGUGGACAGACUUGAGUCGCAGGCUCGAGGGCUCGCGAGAGCUUUCUCUGGGACGAUCAUCUCAGGAAAAGGGGAAGAAACAAAGCACAGCAGUCGAGAGACCCAAAGUUGCUGACCGAAGUCCGAGGUGGCAGAGAGGAGAAUUAUUUUCAGAGGAUAAGGAGCAUAAGGAGGAUGAGACGGUCAGCCUUGCCGAUGCUCAGCUUCAACUUCCUUCUCUGGAGCGCAAGACAACAAGACGCAACGGCACUGCCGCUGAUCUCUCUUCCUCCUUCCCUGCCUCAGUCCUGCUGCCCCCCAGCUCCUCAAGUGUGAUCGGCGCAUUCGUGGCUGGGUCGCAGCUCUUGGGGCCUUCGCCUCUCAAGUUCGCUCAGUACGUUCGAGAGCUGCAGGAGGAGAACCGGAAGGUGCAGGAGUCCUCCCCAUUUCGUGCCCCCCUGGCCCUCACAGCGCCGACUGUCUUUCCCAAGGCGGAGAGCUUGCGGCCGACCAUCUUCUCGGACUUAGACGAUCAGAUGAUGAUGUUGGCGUCGAGACAGCAGGAGGCUCAGCUGAGCUCGGGCUAUGGCAACGGAAGCCUCCUCUCGAGAUCCUUCUCCUUCAACACGCCUGCCGCUGCUCGCAUCAUCGCCUCCGGUACUCAGUUGGAGCAAGAGCGUCUCACUGAGUUGCUCAAAAAUCGCAAACAAAUGGUGUGGAAGAGAGAAAUGGCACUGGAGUCUAAAAAGGUCUUCAACAGAAAAGUUGCCAAGGAAGUUGGGGCCCUGCGAGGCGAGGUGUCACUGAAACAAGUUCGAGAGCAUCGAUGGAACGAGGCCAUCAACGAAGCUCGACGCGAUGUCUCCUUCCUCUCCCCUCUCCUUGCGCUCAUUCGCUCGUUGCAGUUUCGGGUCAACAAGCUCAAGUUGGAGGCGUUUGAGAGCAAGGAGCAGCAGGCCCGUCGCUGGUGCAACUCGAUGGCUCGCGACAUCGUUCAGACCCUCACGCUCAUGGACAAGCAGCAGGUCAUGGAGCUGGUGCGGGACAAGGACAAAUGGUCGCGCGUCAAGGACGUGCUGCAGGCAGCCGCUGGUUCCUUCCUGACCGAGACGUUGACGAGGAUGCGGCAGACGCAAGGGAACCUUCGGUUGGACUACAGCUUGCUAUGGCUGCUCGAGAAAGCAGACAUCGAGGCUUCGAGCCAGCUGGCGUUCGAUUACGUCAUGACCAUGACCGAUUUCGGCGCAAGGAAGGGGUCCGGGUGGGACAACCACGUGAACACAGACAGGCAAGUCAGAGUCAUGUCGCCUGCUCGCUCUGAUGGGUUGCUCAGAGCGUCAUCGGAGUUCAAGCUCGACGUGGGAGACGUUCCUGGUUUUUAUGUAUAUUACGACAUGUACGGCUGGUGCUAG